GAAAUUUUAUUUAUUUAUAUAGUGAUAUUUGAUCUCUUGAAAGAAUAAUAUAAGUAUUGCAAAUUUAUUACAAAUAGCGUACUCAUUUAUAUAAAUAAAAAAAUGAAAGAAUAAUAAAAGUAAUCCUAAAGCAUAUAUAAAAAUCUCUACCUUAAACCAUCAGUAGUUGGUAUAGGGGAUUCUUUUUCAACAGCAGGUUUGUAAUAAAGUUAAAAUAUUCAUCAAAUUUCUUUAAAUAGUUAAGGCAAGAAUAGUAUGUAACCAUAAAUAGAUUAUAAAAAAUAUUAUAGCAAAGAAACCAAUAACUUUAGGUCACUAGGUAGAGGCAAAUAAGUUAGUAGUCAAAAUAAUAAGUCUGAAGAGUAAAUAAUACUACCUCAAAUAAAAGGAAGUAGCUUUUAAAAUAAAUUUGAAGACAUCUAAGUAAAUGCAUAAAUUAAAUCAAAAAGUAUAAAUGGCCAAACUAAAUUAAAUAAUGAUCUUAAUUGUCCUGCUUAAUAGCAAAUAUAUAAAUAGUCUGAAUAAUAUAGUAAUAUAUAUAAAUAGAAAGUUAUGAAAUAAAAUUAGCUAAUAAAAAAACGAUUAUACGAAAAUGCCUCUUAAAUUUAAUCAAACUAUGUGCCUUUUACUACUAAAAUGUAGGAAAUAUAAGUUUAACAAAAUUCACUUAGCCUUCAAAUUAAUGGAACUUUAAAUUAAUAAAAAUAAAAGGCUUUACAAGAAAACUUUAAAGCAUAAUUUAUGUCUCCUUAAAUAGCAAAAAAAAAUUCAGAGAUACAACAAAGAUAAUAAAUUGAAAAUUAGUUAAAUAAUAAUAAUCAUAGCGUAUUAGUUGUUUCUUCUUAAAAUGCUUUGAAUGCAAAUAGCUUUAAAUAAAGUAAUUAGAAGCUUAACAACAAAACUUUUAGUAGAAGUUCUAACUAAAAUAAAGAAAAAUAAGGUUAAAAUUUAUCAUUAAAUAAUAUUUCCAAUUCAGUAAUUCAAGUAAAAAAAGUAGAUUCUAAUAAAAGUAAUUGUGAUAGCGAAAGAAACCAUUCAAAUUAAAUUUAAAAUAUUUCUGUAAAGCAAGAAAAAGAUUAAAUAUAAGUUAGAUCAUAAACUGAAUGCACUAUUGAUUAAGAUAUUGAUGAUAUAACCAUAUAAAAAGGUUCAUAAAAACUGAUGGUUAAUCUCUCAAAAAAUUCAUAAACAAAAGGAGUUAAAUUUGGUGUCGAUAACUUAAGCAAAGAUUCAAAUAAAAUUUCUAGUUUUUGUGGAGUUGAAGAAAAAGGGAGCAAGAAAUAAAUUGAAGAAAUACAGAGUAUUUUAAAAAAUAAAAAAUAAGAAAGUAUAAGUUUAUCAUCUACAGAAAUUUAACAAACAUAAAAAACUUAAUCUACUGUUUAAGAUAUACUUAAUCUUGAAGUGAAUUAAGUACUUUCUAGAAAACCAACUUAACCUAUGGAGAGCUCAACGUUUUCAAAGGUUAAAUCGUCAUAUGAAUAAAAUAGUUUGAACAAAUGUUUUUCUGAGUUCGAUGAAGGAAUUUCUGAUGAAAAUGAAGACAGUUUUGAAAUGGAAGAAAGAUUAAAUGAAUUUAAUGAUGAAAUGAAUUAGUAGUAAGCUGGCUAAAAAAAAGAGGAUUAAGAUUAAGAUGAAGCUGGUAUUGAUUAGUAUUAAGAAAAUUCACCUUAACUUACAUAUAAUGAACCAUAAAUUAUCGAAAAAGUUUAAAAUUUUAAAAAUCAAUUAAGCUAAGAAGAUAUUUAGGAUAAUUAGAAUGGUAAUGAAGGUAAUCAUAACAAUGAAAAUGAAGGUGAUGAUGAUGGAGCUACUAUAAGCUACAAAAAAUAAGUUCAGUAACAAAUUAUAGAGAAAUAGAAAAAUAAAGGAAUCCUUAAGACAUUUACAGUUUAAGAGACUAAAAGAUUAUUAAAAUUACAAAAGAACACAUCAAACUAUGUUUAAAGACUACAAUAUAUAAAAACUUACUAUAAUGUAUAAGAGAAAAAAAUUAUGGUUCAAAAUACUUAAAACUAGUAGUAAUUUAUUAUAGAUAUAUUUUAAGACGACACUGGUGGUGGUAGGUAUGACUGGAAAAUUAAUGAUGUCAUGUUAGGUGCAGGCUCACAAGGAAGAGUUUAUAAAGCCUUUUGCUAAAAGCAAGUUCGUAAUUUUGCUCUAAAAAUGAUCAAUUUAGAUGACUUUGAAAGUGACCAAGCUUUGGAUGUGAUUAACGAAAUUUGCUUACUGAAAUUUCUAAGAGGUCAUCAACCUUUUAUUUAGCUUCAAGAUGUUUUUGGAUUAGAGAGAACUAACUAAAAAACAUUAAUUUUAGUUAUGGAUUAUUGCUAAUGCAAUCUAAUGGAGAUAAUUAAUUAUAGGAAAGACAACAGACUAUAUUGGAAAGAAGAAGAAUUGAUGUUCAUUUUUAAGCAGAUGCUUGAAGGACUUAAGUUACUUCAAGACAAGAGGAUAUGCCACAGAGAUUUAAAAAUGUAGAAUAUCCUUUUUAGUGCAAAAGAUAUAAAAUAUAAAAUUGGAGAUUUUAGUGAAGGUAAAUUCUUGUAAAAUAGUUAAUAAGAAUAGUCCAAGGAAGAUUAAAUGCUUCACAGUUUUAGAGGGACAUGGAAAUAUUUAUCUCCUGAGCUCAGCACAGCUCUAAAGAAUGUUGAAGAUGUUUGUGCUUAUGAUCCAUACUUGAGUGAUUUAUAUUCUCUGGGAGUUUUAUUCACAGACUUAGUUUCUUUGAAUGAAGUAAAAUUUCAAACCAAAGUUGUGAAUGGAAAUAAGUCAAAAAACAAUAGUAAUUAUAUGACAUAAAUGUAAGCCUAUUUGACAGCGUGCAUUUAGAAGAAUACAUAUCCAAAAGUAUGCUAGCUUAUACUUAGCCUUUUAAACGAGUCUCCAGAAAAUAGGAAAUCCUUCGAAAGCAUCUUAAAAUCAUACGAGUUAGAAAUAGAUCUAUCUUAGGUAAUUCUCUAACAAGACAAAGAUAUCUCACUUGAAAUUGAAAACCAAAGAGAAAAUUCUAAAGUCAUGUCUCAAUACUAAAAGGCUAAAAAAUUAUUUAUUAUAGCAGAAGGUUAUGAAAAGAUUCUUAAAUUUGAGAGAGCAAUAGAAGCAUAUUAACAAGUUCUCUAAGCUACCAUUUACAUGAAUACAAAGACUAUCAGAUCAAGAGCUUUAUAUAAUGUAGGAAGAUGCUAUGAAAAACUUGGACAGUUUAUAAAGAGCUUAGAAUUUUAUUAGCAAUGCUACUAUUUUAGAAAGAAGAUUUAUAAACCUGAUAGCAGAAGAAUAGGUGAGAUUUUAAAUGCUUUGGGAAUAGCUUAUAAUAAGCUUGGAAAUUAGUAAGAAUCUAAAAAUUAUUAUGAAUAGAGUCUUUAAAUUGCACUCAAUAUAUAUGGAUAAAACCAUAUUAUUAUAGCAAAUAUGUAUAAUAACUUAGGUACAGUAUAUUUCAGCUUAAAAUAAUAUUCAAAGUCAUCACAGAAUUUUGAAUAAGCUAUAUCUAUCUUGAAAGCAAUCAAUUUAGAAUUUUAGUCCUUUGAAAUUCUUAAUAAUCUCUCUAUGGUCUAUUUAGAAUAAGGGAAGUUUACUUAGUCUGAAUUGUGUUUAAAAACUGCUUUAGAUUUGGUUAUCAAACACGAAGGGGAAGAUAACUACAGGCUUAUAAGUAUUUAUAUAAAUUUAGGUACAUUACUUUCUGAGCAAAGAAGGUCUGAGGAAUAGGACUAAGAAAUUAAAGAUAGAUAGCUUAAAUCUAUCAAUUAUUAUCAAAUUGCCGAAUCUUUAUGCAUCAAAUAUUAUGGUGAAUAAUACCAUCAAUUAGGAGAAAUAUAUAAUUUAAUGGGAAUAUCUUACUAAAAUCUUUAAGACUUUGAUAGAUCUUUAUAUUACCUUUUAAAGAGUGAAGAUGUGUUAAAAAAUAGCAAUAAUUAAAAUAUAUUAUGGCAAACCUAUUCUACUUUAGGUGUCUUAUAUAAUAUGCAAAAGCUGUACGAAAAAUCUAUAGAAUAUUUCAAGAAAUCAUUGGAAAUUCAUGAUUAAAUUGAUAGUGAUUUAUUCAAAAAAGCUGAUCUUUGCUAUAAUAUUGGCUGUAUUUACUUGUAUUCUAAAAAAAUUGCUGAUUCUAAAUAUUGGUUUGAGAAAUCUCUAAAUUUAUAUGAGUAGAGUGAUGAAUCACAUAUAAAUAUUGCUGUAAUUAAUAAAUUCUUAAAAAAAAUAUAAUUAAAAGAAAUUGAUGAGAGCUGA